AUGAAACCAGACAUGGAGACUGAUCCUGGGUCAGCUCCACUGGAGGUGGGAGACAAAGGCCUGACACAGAUCUUGGCACAUGUAAUUGCUGAGGUGAGAGGCUCUAUUAAUAAAGAUAUAAAUGGAGCUGAACUAUUGUACGGUCUUCUCAAUGCCCCCUGGUUGCAGUCACUACUAAAGGUGUAUGAAUGUCUACAGAGGCAUCUAAAGGGUCCAGCCAGACCAUAUGUCUCAUAUUCAUCUGGACUCUCUCUACAGAUUCUAUCUGACCUUCUGGCAAUCCCAAACCCCUCAAAUGAAGCUAGAGAACUAUAUGCCCUCCUCGGUCAGCCACACCUACAGGCUCUGCUGUCGGCUCAUGACACAGUAAGCCUAAAGGACUAUGAACCAGAUCUGCCACCAUUGCCAAACGACUUACCUGAAGAUGAGGAGGCCAUGAGGAUUGUUUGCUUGGUCAAAAACAAUCAGCCUCUGGGAGCGACAAUCAGGAGAGAUGAUGUUACAGGGGAAAUCUAUAUUGCUCGAGUUAUACAUGGAGGACUUGCUGACCGCAGUGGUCUCUUGCAUGCUGGAGACAGGCUGGUGGAGGUAAAUGGUCAACCUGUGUUUGGACUGGAACCAGAGCAGAUCAUACAGAUUCUGGCCCACUCCCAUGGAACUAUAAUGUUUAAGGUGGUUCCCAUCACUGACAGGCCAGUCAACAACCAAACCAUGCUGUAUGUGCGUGCGAUGGUGGACUACAGUCCUCAAGCAGACCCUUCCAUUCCCUGUGCAGAUGCCGGUAUGGCAUUCAGAAAGGGCGAUAUCCUAGAGAUCGUGGAUCAGUCAGACAGUCUCUGGUGGCAAGCUGUAAAACUGCCCAGCACCUCUGCGUGCGCUGGUCUCAUUCCCUCCACCAGCUUGCUGAAAAGGAAGCAGAAAGAGUUCUGGUGGUCUCAGCCUUAUCAUCCUCACACUUGUGUCAAAAGCUUGAGCACAGUAGAUGAAGAGGACGACAUGAUUGCCAUAGAUGAAAAAUGUGUAGAAGCAGAUGAGGAGGCUUUUGAAUCUGAAGAGCUUAAGGAUGAGGAGAGUGAAUUCAGCACCAACAUUGAGGGGAUUUAUUUGACUGGAUUUCGUCGAAGUUUGCGUCUCUGUCGUCGGCGAAGGGGUCAGGCUUUUGGCACGUCUCAGUUCUGCACCCUUCGCUGCCCUGCCAGCUGCUACAGUUCACUAUCAAACCCUUAUGAGGACGUGGUGCGAUACCAACACCAUCCAGAACACACACACCGCCUCAUAGUACUGAUAGGUCCGUCUGGUGUCGGUGUGAAUGAGUUACGCAGGAGGCUGAUUGAGAUCAAUCCAAAGGUCUACCAAGGAGCCGUUCCUCAUACCACGCGGCUACCCAAAUGCCAUGAGGAAGCUGGCAGAGAAUAUCAUUUCGUCAGCCGAGAGCAGUUCGACAGCAUGGUGUGCAGUCACAGGUUUAUUGAGUUCGGGGAGUUGAGAGGUCAUCUCUAUGGCAUUAGUGUGGAUGCAGUUAAAGAUGUCUUGGCAAGUGGGAAGAUCUGUGUGAUUGACAUUGAGCCAUAUGCACUGGAGUCAGUGAGGACCCCCGAGCUGAGGGCCUACGUCAUCUUUAUAAAGCCUCCUACUGUUGAGCAGAUGAAGCGCACUCGGAUGAACUCCAAUAUCAUCACAAAUUACUACACAAGCCGACCUUUUAGGGAUGAAGAUUUUCUGGAGAUUGAGGACGCGGGGCGCAAGAUGGAGCAGCAUUACUGUCAGUUCUUUGAUCAUGUGAUUGUAAACGACGGGCUCCAGGCGGCAUGUGUGCAGCUGCUGACCGCAGUGAGAAGAGCUCAGGAUGAGCCGCAGUGGGUACCGACCUCAUGGAUCAGACCAACUGACCAGUCCUAACAUCAACAGACACGAUCAGAGGAGCUCAGGGAUACGACAUGACUGCAGAUGGACAUCAAUAUGCAAAACAAACUGUUUUUUAAAUCUUUUAAAGCGACGACAAUGUGUGUUUGUCUGUAGUAAUGUUAGUCUUAAUACAAAGGUUGUGUAUUUUUU